GCGGGAGACGGGUCUGGAACCUAACCACCGGGUGUCCAUGACCCCCGUGGUUGCGCCCCAUCAGCGAUGAAAGGGUUAUCAGGCAGCCGCAGCCAUCACCACGGAGUCACCUGCGAUUCGGCCUGUGACUCGCUGUCGCACCACGCAGACCGCAAGCCAUACCUGCUGAGCCCGGUGGAGCACCACCCGGCCGACCACCCCUACUACACUCAGCGUACCUCCUUCCAGGCGGAGUGCGUGGGCCCCUUCAGCGACCCGCUGGCCAGCAGCACCUUCCCGCGCCGACACUACACCUCGCAGCAGGAGCUGAAGGACGAGUGCGCCCUGGUGCCUCGCACCCUGGCCACCAAGGCCAACCGCAUCCCCGCCAACCUCCUGGACCAGUUUGAGAGGCAGCUGCCUCUCAACAGGGAUGGCUACCACACAUUGCAGUACAAGCGCACGGCCGUGGAGCACCGCAGCGACAGCCCCGGCCGCAUCCGCCACCUGGUCCACUCGGUCCAGAAACUCUUCACCAAAUCGCACUCCCUGGAGGGGCCGUCCAAGGGCAGCGUCAACGGGGGCAAGGCCAGCCCCGACGAGACGCAGACCGUGAGGUACGGCAAGCGAAGCAAGAGUAAGGAGCGCCGCCCCGAGCCCAAGCCCCGCACCAACACUUCCCCGGGCUGGUGGAGCUCCGAAGACAACCUCGACGGCGACAUGUGCAUCUACCAUGCCCCCUCGGGCGUGAUGACCAUGGGCAGGUGCCCCGACCGCUCGGCCUCACAGUACUUCAUGGAGGCCUACAACACCAUCAGCGAGCAGGCUGUGAAGGCCUCCCGGAGUAACAACGAUGUCAAGUGCUCCACCUGUGCCAACCUGCCCGUCACCCUAGACGCGCCACUGCUGAAGAAGAGCGCCUGGUCCUCCACGCUGACCGUGAGUCGAGCCCGAGAGGUUUACCAGAAAGCCUCAGUUAACAUGGACCAGGCCAUGGUGAAGUCAGAGUCGUGUCAACAAGAACGUUCCUGCCAGUACCUUCAGGUCCCACAGGAUGAAUGGACAGGGUACACCCCUCGAGGUAAAGAUGAUGAAAUUCCCUGCCGUAGAAUGCGGAGCGGCAGCUACAUCAAGGCCAUGGGAGAUGAAGACAGCGGGGACUCGGACACCAGCCCCAAGCCUUCUCCCAAAGUUGCUGCGCGAAGGGAAAGCUAUCUCAAGGCUACUCAGCCAUCCCUUACAGAACUCACCACACUCAAGAUUUCCAAUGAGCACUCCCCCAAACUCCAGAUCCGGAGUCACAGUUACUUGAGGGCGGUCAGUGAGGUCUCCAUCAACCGAAGCCUAGACAGCCUUGACCCUGCGGGCCUGCUCACAUCACCAAAGUUCCGCUCCAGGAAUGAGAGCUACAUGCGAGCCAUGAGCACCAUCAGCCAGGUGAGCGAGAUGGAGGUGAACGGGCAGUUCGAGUCGGUGUGCGAGUCGGUGUUCAGCGAGCUGGAGUCACAGGCGGUGGAGGCCCUGGACCUGCCGAUGCCCGGCUGCUUCCGCAUGCGGAGCCACAGUUACGUGCGCGCCAUCGAGAAGGGCUGCUCGCAGGACGACGAGUGCGUGUCGCUGAGGUCUUCCUCCCCGCCGCGCACCACCACCACCGUGAGGACCAUCCAGAGCAGCACGGGUGUCAUAAAACUGAGUUCUGCAGUUGAAGUGUCAUCUUGCAUUACAACAUAUAAGAAGACACCACCUCCAGUCCCACCCAGAACUACCACGAAACCUUUCAUUUCUAUCACAGCCCAGAGUAGCACAGAGUCGGCCCAGGAUGCCUACAUGGAUGGACAGGGCCAGCGAGGGGAUAUUAUCAGCCAGUCUGGACUGAGCAACUCCACGGAGAGCCUGGACAGUAUGAAGGCUCUGACAGCCGCCAUCGAAGCCGCCAAUGCCCAGAUCCACGGCCCAGCGAGUCAACACAUAGGCAACAAUGCUGCCACCGUCACCACCACCACCACCACCGCCAUGGCCACCAUCACUGCAGAGGACAGGAAGAAGGACCACUUCAAGAAGAAUCGAUGCUUGUCCAUUGGGAUACAGGUGGAUGAUGCUGAAGAACCUAACAAAACAGGGGAAAAUAAAGCACCCAGUAAGUUCCAGUCCAUAGGAGUGCAAGUAGAAGAAGAGAAAUGCUUCCGCAGGUUCACUCGAUCCAACAGCGUGACGACGGCCGUGCAGGCCGACCUGGACUUCCACGAUAACCUGGAGAACUCUCUGGAGUCUAUAGAGGACAAUUCGUGCCCCGGCCCGGUGGCCAGACAGUUCUCCCGGGACGCCAGCACCUCCACGGUCAGCAUCCAGGGCUCAGGAAACCACUACCACGCCUGCGCGGCCGACGAGGACUUCGAUGCGGAUUUCGACCCUUCCAUUCUGCCGCCCCCAGACCCCUGGAUUGAUUCAAUCACCGAAGACCCCCUGGAGGCCGUGCAGAGGUCAGUGUGCCACCGGGACGGCCACUGGUUUCUGAAGCUUCUCCAGGCGGAGCGGGACCGCAUGGAAGGCUGGUGCCAGCAGAUGGAGAGAGAGGAGCGCGAGAACAGCCUGCCCGAGGACAUUCUAGGGAAAAUCCGAACCGCAGUUGGCAGUGCCCAACUUCUUAUGGCCCAGAAAUUCUACCAGUUCAGAGAACUGUGUGAAGAAAACCUGAAUCCCAAUGCUCAUCCAAGGCCCACCUCCCAGGAUUUGGCAGGGUUCUGGGACAUGCUGCAGUUGUCCAUAGAAAAUAUUAGUAUGAAAUUUGAUGAACUUCAUCAGUUAAAGGCCAAUAAUUGGAAACAGAUGGAUCCUCUUGACAAGAAGGAGCGAAGGGCCCCUCCUCCAGUGCCCAAGAAGCCGGCGAAGGGCCCCGCGCCGCUGAUCCGGGAGCGCUCGCUGGAGAGCUCGCAGCGCCAGGAGGCCCGCAAGCGCCUGAUGGCCGCCAAGCGCGCCGCGUCCGUCCGCCAGAACUCGGCCACCGAGAGCGCCGAGAGCAUCGAGAUCUACAUCCCCGAGGCGCAGACCCGGCUCUGAGGCCCCCGGCCGCCGCGCGCCCCCGCCCGCCUCCUCCCCGGCGCCCGCCCUUCGCCUUCUUGGCCCGCCCACCCGUGUAGACGCGGCCCCUCUAGGUCACCCGCCAUCCUCCGUUCUCUCGAGCUUGUCUGUCCCUAG